UUCGCUUUCUGGGAGAGGAGGACUCGACUCAAAUCACUUGGUAGCGGAGACGUCGCCCUUUCUAGUUCAGUCGAGAGAUAUUUCUGGCAUGGCCGGCGCAAGCAACCUUGGAUCCCUCACCGACGAAUGGUUGCCUCCCCCUACACCAAGCCCAAGAACUCUCGUGUCAAGCUUUCUGAAUGAAGAAUUCAGCCCCGGGCCAUUUUCUGGUCUUUUCAGUAAACAUGGCGCCAAUAGACCCCAUGAUCAAUCCGAAAAGGGCAGAGGAGCUCUGAAUUCGAGCGAGGAGUUCCCUACUCAUGUUGUCAAAGACCCAUUUCAAAACGGUUUCUCCCUGGAGCCAAAUUUGUUCAGUGCUAAUCAUAUAUCAAACUCAAAUGGUGGUUUGGCAGAGCGCAGGGCUGCAAGAGCAGGUUUCAGUGUCCCAAAAAUUGAUACUUCUCGAGUUGGUUCAUCAGCAGUUAUUCGAUCUCCUGUGUCAAUUCCACCUGGUCUAAGUCCAACUACACUACUGGAGUCUCCUGUUUUUCUUUACAAUAAAAUGGCACAGCCUUCUCCAACCACUGGCACGUUGCCAUUUUUGACGGCUACAAAUGAUAAGUUGACAAUACCACCAGCUACCAAGAUAACUGAAGAUUCUGCAUUUUAUAAUGAUGUGUUUUCUUUCCAACCCCACUUAGGUUCUCAAGAAACAGGUUUCUCUACUGCAGAAAAGGACUAUGGCGCCUAUCAGCAAAAGCAUUCAUUGUGGAAUAUUCAUCAGCAGGAAUCCAGUCUUCAGUCAAGUUUUACCGCAGCCAAGGAUUACUGGGGGUCUGGGAAUUCGCUGGUACUCUUAAGACUUGAUGCAGACAUUGUACUGAAUUCGCUGGUACUCUUUUUCAGGAAGUUAGAAUUAGAUGCUUUAGGAGCUAUUGCUAUUGCUACCACGUAUGUCUACAUGUUGCUCUAGCAUGAUUACUGGGGGUCUGGGAAUAUUUGCAACAUUGUUUCCAAGCUGGAUAGCCACAUGUCAGUACUUAGCUGAAGAUAUGCUGAUGGAAUGGGUUUACAAGCCCCAUAUAAUAAAUCAUAACAGUGCGGGAGCAUUUUUUGGAUGUCCUUCACACAGAUGCAGGCAAUGAAAGAAACAGAAAAUAGACAAUGUUAGCGCGGAGUGAGACAGAUAGGAAUUGGAGUGAGACAGAAAAUUCAGAGCCCCUCGGAGAGAACUGAAAGGAGGAUUGCCAGCUACCAUCCAACCCGAAAGAGGUGGAGGCGCUGAGAAAAUGAUACAACUUGCAACCCUUUGAUAGCGUUCACAUUUGAGGAGCUCAAGAGAACGACAAAAAAUUUCAG